AUGUUUUUAGGAAAACCAGUGCAUCGUCCAAAUGAACCUAGUAAAACAAAACCACAACCAAGUACAACAAAAUGUCAAAAAGUUACAUUAAAAGCCUUGAAUUCAAUCAAACGUUGGAUUAAAAAGGAAUCUUUUGUAUCUGUAAACAUUAUCGGAGGUGAUACAGUUCAGAUUACAACAACAGUUGAACAAGCAUCAAAAUGUUUCUCAAUUGAAUUUCAUCCUUAUAAAAAUUCUAAUACAGGACGCACUAUUCAUCGAAUCUUUAAUGACAUUUGUUUGCCAGAUGAAAUAAGUGAAUAUGUUGAGUUUCAUCUUAGACUGAAUGAUUUUCGACAGAUUUAUAAAAAUCCUUCCAAAUCACAUGAAACCAUUCGUUCUACUACAGUUGAUGAAUUAGAUAGUGAUACAACAAUUACAACUGUUGCGGCAGCCGAUGUAAUCGAGACAAAACCCUACAUUAUUCCACAGUUUCUUAAAAAAUAUUAUAACAUUCCAGAAGUUUUGAAAAAUGAUCCAUCAUCAGUUAUCUCUCAAGGGGCACUAGAAUUCCUUGGUUUUUACUAUAGUGAACAGGACUUACGUUUCUAUGGAAAAUUACUUGAGUUACCGAUUAAACUUCUUAAGAAAAAUCAUAUUCGUGGAAGUAAUAAUCAAUCAAAUCCAGGUGCCAAUUCAAUGACAGAUAUCGAACAGAUGGCUGGUUUAAAUCCUGCGGCCGAAACUUGGUAUUUCAACUAUGAUAAAAGCUUUAAUUCUUCAUUUGGUGAAAAUUUCUUCACAACGACACGUUUAUUAAAUCAGUUGGAUGAUAUACCACAAGUUCUAACCAUUUCGUACUUUGAACCUGAAAUAGGUAUAUGUUCAACUGUUAGCAAUUGUGAUGAUAAGACCUUGAGUGCAGCGGAGAAAUACAUAGAUCGUACAAAUCUUGAAUUCAUGAAACUAGCAAUGAGAGGCAUCACAGUUUUAGUGUUAAGUGGUAGUUCUGGAGCGAAUGGUUUUGGAGGAAAUAAUGAAACUGUAAAUUGCACAAAUAAAGUGUUUUAUCCUGGAUACCCAGGCAGCUCUUCAUUCAUCACAUCGGUUGGUGCAACUGAAUUAAUCAAUAUGAGAUACGAAACAUUGCCACAUCAACCAUCGAUUUGUUCCGAUAAGACAGCAUAG